AUGCCUUCUCUACUGUGGUCCUUGAUUCCAUGGGUCGACUCUGGUGCUGGCUGGCACAAACAUCGAGCUCCAUACACAGCAAACGCAACCUACCUACACACUUUCGAUGUCUGGGUACCCAAAGCCGCACAUAAUCACUCUAUCCCAGCACCUGAUUUCGUUCCUAGCGGUCAAGGGCCUUGGGUCGUCUAUAUCCAUGGUGGUGCAUGGCGUGACCCUCUAGUCGACUCUUCUUCCUUCGAAGCAGCAGCCCUCAAACUCUUGAGUGACAAAGAGUCUCACAUUUCGGGUAUUGCUUCAAUAAACUACCCGCUUUCAAGCCACCCUAACCAUCCUACUCAUCCUUCACCACCUCGGGAUCCUGAGCAACCUGUGGAUAAUGCUCGUACAGCUGAACACCCCGAUCAUAUCGUUGCUGUACUAUCUGCUAUUGCAUAUCUUCAGAACGAACUUGGCGUCGCUCACGAUUACGUCCUGUCAGGUCAUAGCUGUGGCGCAACGUUGACAUUCCAGACAGUAAUGAAUACGGAUCGAUGGGGGGUAGGAUCAAGGCCCAUUCCCAAAGUCAAGAAGCCCAGAGUCAUCGCCUCUCUGAAUGGGCUAUAUGACUUGGCCACUUUCAUCAACAAUCCACCAGAGUCCCACAAGAAACUCCAGCCUCUUUAUGUCGAGUUUACGAAAAAUUCAUUUGGAGAUGAUGAGACUGUUUGGAGAGAUAUCUGCCCAACUAUAGUUUCAGACUGGUCGGAAGAGUGGCCUGAAGGAAAGAUUGUCGUCAUUGCCCAGAGCAAAGAUGAUGGCCUUGUCCCGUAUUCUCAGACAGAGCUUAUUAAGGAGUAUUUGAAGAAGAAUUCCAAACUCGAGGUCAUUGAGAUACCAGCCAGUGGCGAUCAUAAUGAUCUUUGGAAAAAAGUAGACGAAAUCGUCGAGAUUAUGAAGAGGGCUAUUGCGUAUUGUAUCGAAGUUUGA